AUAACGAGAACCGUCAAAUACGUACCUAACCUAGAAUAAUCAACACAAUUUACGUGUUUAGUUUUAAAUUUAACUAUUAUUAAUAAUUAUUUCAGUAAAUGUAACUGCAAACUCGAGAUAAUAAUGGAGAAAGGGCCCACAAUAGAAACUAGUCAUUUAAAGUGUGAUAGCGAAGAAACCAUCGAUACCGAAUCCAAGCAUGAUAGCAACCUUUACUCGACCGAAAUUGAUUCGGAAACCGUUGAGAAACUUAAAGGUGACGCUAUUGGAGAUACUUUAUACAGCGAAGCAUUCGUAGCAAAAACUUUACUGCAGUUGUCGAAUCUGAAAUGGUCCGAAAAGGUGGAGGAAGAUUUAUGCUUCUUGUGGGAUAUGACGUUAGAAAAAGACGUUUGCGACUAUCUACUAAAGUUGUCUUAUCCAAAUAUUGUAUGCGAAGUCAUUCAGAAAUACGACGAGAGCCGUUUGUUGGAGAUAGUGAUUGGAAUUCUCGCCAAUGUUUGUUGUACGGUCGAUACCUCUGAUAUAACCGACGAUCACGCAAAACUGGUGCUAUCAGUGCUGGAAACGGAUGAUGCUUUGAUUUUAAUACAAGUUGUACGAUUUGUUAAGGCGCUAGCGUACGAUCGGGACCAGUUACUGUUUCUCGACGAUGGAGUGUUAGAAAAGUUAAACUUUAUACUUUUAAAUUCGUGUAACGUUGAUCUUCUCUUGAAUACCCUCGAUUCCAUUUCGAAGAUGACCUCGGAUAAUAAAUUAAGUUUAACGGUUGUAAAAGCAGAGUUCAUUAAAUCCGCAGUAGUAGCUUAUCAAUGUAUUUGUAAAAUUGAACGCGAACGGCUGUCUUUAUCUGAAGACGAAAUCGAAACCAAUCAACAGCGCACAUCCCUCACGUAUUUAAUCCAGAUCGUCACGAACAUCUGCAGUUACAUAAACACCGACGACAAAAACAACAAUUUAUUUCACGAAGCACAAGAAUUCAUCGACCCUUUUGUCGACGAGCUUUGCAAAAUUUUGAAUUAUUACAGCAAAGACGAAUGCGUCCUUCCCGUAUCGGAGGAGCUUCAAUUUUACGUUAAGGCGUUCAUUUUCAUUUUCCAAACGUUACGCAUCCGCUACAGCAAGACAAUCUUCAAGAGUAUUAUUAGCAUAACUUACUUCCUAUUGAGUAAUAAAUGCGAAGAGUCGGACGAGUUUUUAGAGUUCUGUAACUAUUUCGUUUAUGUCGGAUCCUUAGAUAAUCUGAAAAGUGAUUUUCGUAGUUUCGAAAUUAAGGUCGUUAGGCAUAUUCUUAGUAAUAUUCACGCGAAUAGGGAUUCUUACGACUGUGUUAAUGAAGAAAAUGUAAAUGCCUUAUUAAUGGAAUUUGUAGGGAAGCGUUGAAGUUGACCGUUUCUGUCUUAUGUUAUGUACCUACCUACAAUAUUCCUCAUUAUGUACUAUAUUAAUGAAUAUAUAAUGUGAUAUUAUUUUAA